CCCUGUUUGUUUGUGUUGAGAGGCUGAAAAUGGCGGAGAGAGGAGAGCGAUACGACAACUUGACUACGCGAACGCCACCGCGCCGUCUUCGCCACGCACGGAGCGCUCGCGAGUGACACGCCGAGCCCCCCCACCACCGAAUCCACCAGCAGCGGCAGCCGCCACCGAGAGGACUCCCAGUCGGACGGGGAUACCUGGACGAAGGCGGUGUGGAUUAGCCAGGCUGGCUAGCAUGCUAGGUUAGCCUGCUAGCAGCCUGACGUUGAGGCUUCAAGUCGUGUGUGAUUCCCCCCUCCCCGCACCUCCUCCACGCAGGCUUGUUUGUCAACACACGCCGAUGUGAAGUUGUUAGCCAGCCAGCUGGCAACGACACGCCAACGUGUGCUCACAUUCUGCGUGACGUGCGUGGAUGCAUGUGUCGGCGGACGCUGCCGCCGAGCACAAAGUUACCGAUGUAAACUUACAGCAGCGGCUACUAAAAGCAGCAAGUUAACUUAGCUGCGUUGCUAACUCCGCUAGCUGGUAGUGUCGGACGCCCAGCGGGAGGCGGCUACGAUUUGUGGGAUGUAACCGAGGAGCGGCAGGAGCCCGCCGGGAGGUUUGUUCGGCCAGGGAGCGGCACGUAAAAAGCAGGUGCAGGCUUCCCCGCUGCGCCUGUGAUAAUGCCAUGUGACGGAGCGACCACGGAGCCAUAAGCCUGCCUCCUCCGCUCCACCCCGUCUACGACAAGCUCUCCCUGUCUCACCUUCUUGCCUCGUCUCAGCUGUGCGCCCUGGACACGGCCGGCCACCACAUGACUCGGCCCCUGGAGACCUAGACCACGUCAGUUAAGCUGAAAAUGAGUGCAGUCGGGGAAAGCCCCCUUGACCCUGACACGGCAGAGUCACGCAAGAGGAAGGGCUCGCCAUGCGACACGUCCGCGCAAAGUCUGGAGAAGCGGAGACGAGAGCUGGAGUGUCGCUACAUCUGCGAGCUGGCCGAGCUGCUCUCCUCCAACAUGGGCGACAUCGCCAGUCUCAGCGUCAAGCCCGACAAGUGCCACAUCCUCAAGAGCACCGUAGAGCAGAUCCAGCAGAUGAAACGACGCGAGCAGGAGAAAUCGGCUCUUCGUUCUUCGGAUGAUGAGGUGCAGAAAAGCGACAUCUCCUCCAGUAGCCAGGGCCUGCUGGAGAAGGAGGCCCUGGGGCCCAUGCUGCUAGAGGCCUUGGAUGGCUUUUUCUUUGUGGUCAACCGGGAGGGACGCAUCGUCUUUGUCUCCGAGAACGUGAUGAGUUACCUGGGAUACACGCAGGAGGAGCUUAUGGCCUCCAGCGUCUACAGCAUCCUUCACGUGGGAGACCACAACGAGUUUGUCCGCAAUCUGCUGCCCAAAAGUCUGGUUAACGGUGUGCCAUGGCCUCAGGAAGCAGGCCGAAGGAACAGCCGCACCUUCAACUGCCGCAUGCUGAAGAGGCCACCCGAUGAGAUGGACUCUGAGAACCAGGAGGCCCGGCAGCAGUACGAGAUCAUGCAGUGUUUCACCGUGUCCCAGCCACGGGCCGUGCAGGAGGAGGGAGACGAUCUCCAGAGCUGCCUGAUCUGCAUCGCCUGCCGUAUGCCUCGUACCCAGCCUGUCAGCACUGAGUCUUUCAUCACCAAGCAGGACACCACAGGGAAGAUCAUCUCAAUAGAAACCAGUGCUCUGCGAGCGACAGGCCGGCCUGGCUGGGAGGACCUUGUCAGGAAGUGCAUCUACGCGUUCUUUCAGCCGCAGGGCAAAGAGCCCUCCCACGCCAAAAAGCUGCUGCACGAGGUGAUGGCCCACGGCACGGCCAUCAGCCCGCUGUACCAUUUCACCAUAAGCGACGGCACGCCACUCAGUGCUCAGACCCGCUGCAAGUUCUGCUGCCCCCCCAACCCAGACGUUCAGCCCUUCAUCAUGGGCAUCCACACUAUUGACAGGGAACACAACACUGCUAGCUCUCAGGAAAACACGAACCCCAGCCUUCCGCCAACCCUCAGCAGCCUUGCCCAGACGCCGUCGCGCUCGCCGGUCCUCGCUGCUGGCAGCAACUCAACACAAACCUCAAGCCCCGCCUCCACCGCCACCGCCUCGGGCCUUCACCUCAGCAACAGUAACGUCUCCCCCCAAGGACUAAACCCAGCCACUCCCACGGGAUACCCGACGCCGGGUCGGACGCGAGCCCAGCAGGGUAACAGCCCCUCGCCCUUAAGCAGCCCUGUCACAGCCACCCCUACCUCUUUUAUUUCAUCUGCCAUGCCGCGGGCCAGUCCUGGUUUGGGAGGGAGCCCCCGGGUGCCAGGCCUCCAUUCUCCAGCUGCGGCACUGACCAGACAGCAUUCAGGUGGCGACGGCGGCGACGGCACCAACACCGCGCCAAAGGGACCCUUCUCCAGACAAGCCGGGACCCCCACCGGAUCCUCCUCUCGGUGUGGAGCGGAAGGAGGGGCAGGGGACUCUGGGAAAGCCCCCCUGCCCUCUUCCUCACCGCUGGGUAAUCUCAGACUCAAUCAGCCCCUGGAUAGCAACGGCACAGGAGUUGAACUCGCCAACAGUGGCGUCCAUUGCACCUCGUUGCCUCACCCCAAACCCUCGCCCGGUCCACAGUGUCCUGCGUCCCACAGCACUCUCACAGAACGACAUAAGAUCCUACACAGACUGCUCCAGGACAGCAGUCCCAGUGAUUCCGCCGCCACCACCACCUCCACUUCCUCGGAAGACGCAAUGAACAGAAACGAAGUGGAGAUCAAGAAGGAGCCGCCAUCCAGUCCGGUGGUGAGCAUGGCGGCGCUCAAGUCGGGUUCCAGGGAGCCGCAGGACCACCAGUUGCUCCGAUUUCUGCUCGAUACGGAUGAGAAGGACCUGGGAGACCUGCCCCCUCCCUCGGCGCUCAGCCUGCAGACCGUUCGGGUGAAGGUGGAGAAGCGAGUGACCGGCGAAGCAUGCGUGGUGACGGCGGGCGCAGCGAAGACGGCAGGUGUCUCCAGCUCUUCCACUUGCGUCAGCCCCAAGUCUGGUCUCGCAGGGCAGAGUCGCCGAGACAGCCGCAGGAAUAGCCGGGAGUCCACGAUGUCCGGCGGACCUGCUGACACGGACCACCUCACCCAGCUGCUGCCUGGCCUGAGAGGCCCGAGCGGGGCCCAGCAGGGCGCUGAGGACUCCACCCCUGGAGGAGGCCCCCUGCUCCACUCCCCUGUCGGCCAGCCCCCGGCUCAGCUCCAGUCCCCGGGGCCUCCCCUCCAGUCCCCCUUGUCCCUUACCCACUUGCAGUCCCCGUCACCUCAGCUCCCCUCCCCCUCACCCCAGUUCAUGCUCCAGUCCCCCACACAGCUCCAGCCUGGCGUAAAUGUGAAGAGGGAGCCUCCUGGCACUCCCAACAGAGGCCACAAUGACGGCGGCCCCGCUUUAGGCUGCAGUCUCCAGACUCAGUCGCCUCUCGAGUUCUGCAGCCCCCCGACCCCCAACCAGGCCCAGACCCAGGGGGACCUCUUCCAGACUCCCAAAGACAGCAGCCCUUUCCCCGAGGCAGAAAUUAUCAGUCCGUUCAGUUCAAGCACUGGCCCCAGCAAGUUGGACUUGGCUGACUCUCCGUUCCAGCCUCUGACGUUGUCCUUCGACACCCUCGGAACCCCGUUGCAAGCGCCCCUGGCCUCGCCCCAAGAGCAGUGUGUGCCCUGUACACUGGAUGAAGUCCUGGGCCCCCCCACCACACCCGAGGCCCGCAACGACGAGAAGGCUCUGCUGGAGCAGCUCGUGUCCUUCCUGAGCGGGACAGACGAGAGCGAGUUAGCUGAGCUGGACAAAGCCCUGGGUAUUGAUAAACUAGUGCAGGGCGGCUGCUACGACCCCAUGCCACAAAGCUUCCCGACUCAGCAAGCCACUGCUACCCCGGUGUCCCUGGACCCAAAGCUGCCCUCCUACCCUGCCCAGUUCCCACCAGGUGCACCCGCUCAGUUCCCCCUGGAGCUGCAGGCCCCCCUGGGGCAGCAGGGACUGGCUUUUGGAGCAGCUCGAGGCCCGUUCCUGAGCGGAGCGCCCGCUGUCGGCCUAAGGACAGGGAUGACCCGGACGCAAGGGACGGGCACCCAGCUCAGGCUGCCUCCCAACCAGCUUCGACUGCAGCUGCAGCAAAGGCUUCAGGGUCCUCAGCAGCUCCAGAACAGGCGGGCGAUGAGCGCCUUUGCAGGGGGAGGCCAGCACGUCAAUAUGGGGGUGCGUCUGGGGGCCCAGCAACCUCAGAUUCCUUCGCAACCUCCACUGAACGCCCAGAUGCUAGCGCAGCGUCAGCGGGAGCUCUACAGCAUCCAGCACCGCCAGCGCCAGCUUUUCCAGCAGAAGGUCAUGUUGAUGAGACAGAACAUGGGCGCCGCCGGGUCCACCGGCACCCCCAGGGCCCCGAAGGGCGCCCCCGCCAACACGGCUGCGCCUCUGCAGCAACAGCAGUUCAACUUCCCUGCUGGCUACAGUCCAGUGUUGGGAAACCCUCCUACCUCACCCAGUCACUUCAGCGGUCCCAUGCCGGGGGGGCCCCUGGACAGCAAACUACCCGCCGGUGUCGCCCUAAAUAGCCAGACAUUAUUGGGGGGCGUUCAAGCCCAGUUCACCGGCGCCGUCAACUCCUCAUUGCAGCAAAGUCUGAUGCAACAGUUUGGGACCGCCGCCAUGGUGCAGCCAGACACGCCUUUUCCCUCCGAAAUGAGUCCCACCAGUCCCUUGUUGUCACCUCAGAACCCCGCCUCCCAGAGUCUUCUGCUCCAGCAAGCUCCGCCUCCGGGCUACCAGUCUCCGGACGGGAAGAGCUGGCAGCAGGCGAGUGUCGGCAGCAACAGUCUCUUCAGUCCCACGGCGCACGGGGCAGGACAGACCUUUGGCCAGCAGGGGGUGUACAACAACAUGAGCAUCACCGUGUCCAUGGCGGGGGGCUCCGGCAGUGCGCGAUCUUUGCCUCCCAUCGGGCAAACUGUUGUUGGCUUGAACAGCAGCAGCGCGGGCUCUGUGUGUAGCGAGCAGCCGGUCCGUCACGUACAAUGGACAACAUGUGACCUUACUAUUGGACGUGUGAAUAAAGCGUCCUUGUCAUGUGGACAGGUGCAGCAGGUACAGGUGUUCGCCGACGUCCAGUGCACCGUCAACCUGGUGGGGAGCGACUCGUACCUGAAUCAGGGCACCAUCGCCGCCGCUGCCGCCGCCGCCCAGAAGGGGCCCGGACCGCAGGGCGCCCAGACCAGCCAGGCCCAGCAGAAGAGCCUCCUGCAGCAGCUGCUCACAGAGUGACGACACCUCCCCCUACUGCCCCAACUCUGGUGCUGCUGCUCCCUCUUCACUUCUACGCUGAUUCUCCGGACCCAUUGCUGUCUCGGUCUCACCUUUAGGACGGACGCCGGGACGGCGGCGGCGCCAAUUGCCGGCGUUUUAGCUGUGGGUGGAGUUGAAACGGCUCGACCACUUUCCUGCCAGUCCUCUGAGAAGAAGAGCCUGGAGUCAGAAGGAUGAGCAGUGUGUUUGAAGCUGCCUGUCGAAUCUGUCUGACAACCUGUCUGUCUGCCUCAGCCUAUUGAAGGCAGUGUUGUCUUGCUGCUCAUUCCCCCGCCCACCUACUUCCUGCUCCCGUGCGCACCCCCUCCUCUGGGAAGCCGUGGCGCGGGAGUACCUCACGUGGCAGCACCUCUCUGGCUUUUCAUUUGUUUGUUGUUUUCUUUGGUGUUCUGUCUACCUGUCUCUCAGCGAUGUGGGAAUGUCAACGGUUUGCGACCUCAGCGGCAUUGUGGGAUAGAAGCUCGGUAUCAGCUGGUUCUGCGACGGUCCCUCUCUAUCAGCUACAGUGCCUGGUGGAAGUUUGAGUUUUGUUCCCAAGCUCUGCUUCUUCUUCAACACACUAUUGCGUCUUCUUUUUUAUUUGAAAUGUCUUUUAUUUUGUAAAACUUCUGCUCUCUUCAUCGACAUCAUCUUCAUCUUGAUGCUCAUCAGAACAAGCUUUGACAACAGCCGGACGGAUGGAUGGAUGGAUGGAUGGAUGGGAGACAGACGGGAUGCUGCUCACUUUGGAACUUUUGUGUUUUUCUCUUAUUUUUGUUUUUUUAUUAAGUAUGAAAAGAGUCUGUUUGGAUUAUUUAACUGUCAUUUUAGCCCUCAACUCAGCAGCUGUGAAUACGAGGCCCGCUCGGUCUCUCUCUCUCUCUCUCGCCCCCUCCCUCUCUGUGUCUCCCAUGCUAACUGGCCCUAUCAGUGUUGUUCGCCAUGCAGCCGUGUAGUAUUGUUGUACAGUACAGAAGGACAAAGACUGGCUGCCCUGGAAAAAGCAAAACAGUUGAUGACUGGGCAGCAGCAAAACCUUGUUAAAUGUGAUUUUUGUUUUCUUUCUAUUAACCUCGCCCCCUCCCCCCCCCCCCCCAGUCCCUAGCCUUCCCCACCCCCUCUCUGAGCAACAACUUUUUCCCUACCUCGCUAUUUUUAUUUCCUACAUACUUUUAAUUGCCCUAGCAAACAUUUCAUUGUAUGUGCAUGUACAGACAACGAUAACGCCUUCAAACUUUCCGUUACCAUGACCACCCCCCCCCCCCCCCCCCCCCCUUCUGGUCAUGCUGGUAAUGGUACUUGCAGCCAAGGGGGCGCAUUGGUGAUGGGUGCCUGGGCUGGUCAACAAAAACAUUCUCUCACUCGGUUUAUUAUCUUUGAAGCCCCCCAUUACCCCCCCCUCCCCCGCCCCCAAUAUGACGGCAGUAGGGCUCUGCUACUUGCACACUUACACAAAAUCCACAUUCCACCCAGCAGAACCACAUGGCUUCAGAACCACUUGGUUCUAAGCAUCCCUGUGUGCAGCCAAGCUCAGAAGAACUCCUAAUACGUCACAAUUAGGGGUGUACCAUAAAUAUUGGGUCGGUAUGAGGGGAAUUAUGACAUCAUAUCCAUAAAUCCUACAACAUUAAAAAUAGCUCAGAUGACUACAGGAAUGUCAUAUUUCAUUAGGACAGCACACCGACUCCAUUAGCAUCCAAUCAUCUUUCACCACAGUCCGGCCACCAAUAUUGGUGGGCGUGUCCUCCCUCUCCGGGCGUUUUCUCAUCAUUGUCACUUCUGUGGCGAUGACUUUGCUUUCCUUGGCCGCACUGCUGCUUGGGAGACGACAUGAAGUGCAAAUAGUGAUCCGAUAAGCCAUGUUGUUCUUCCAGGCUCACACUGUAGUCAGAGUUAGUUUGUCGUUCAGUGCACCGGUAAGCACAGAACGGAACAGGACCACCUGGAGAGAUGGUUGCUAGUUUUGGCCUCAUCCUGCUCAGCAGCAGGCGUGUAAACACAGACAUGUGAAAUGGUGCCAUUUGUUAUUGAUUAGGAACGUGAUAAUGCCACAAAUGCUUACGAUGGUGGUAACUUCCAAGCGCUGGGCUACACACACACACACACACACACACGUCUGGUUCCUAACAAAGAUAAUGGCCGUAGCGUCGCUCAUUCCCUGUCCUACCUCAGACUACUUUGAUUUCAUUACCUCAUCAUCUUCUUUUGCCAAACGUUUGGCUGUUUUGGACCUCGUUUCACACUGUGAACCCGGCUGGCUGGCUUUUUAUUUGUUGACUUCUUUCAUGCAGUACAUCCAGGAAACCACAAUGUGCCCUUUGACCUCAUUUUAGGGCUUUCCCAAACUUCCUUCCCUCCGGACGCCACGGCAAAUGCAACAUCACAUAUUGACCUAAUACGGAUCUAUGCUCUCGGGUGGGGGUGUCCAAACUGUUGUCUUUCCUCCAUUUUCUAUGUUGAGAGCAAUCCGGUGUAGAUCAAUACAGCUGACUAAGCUAAUUAAUAUAGCCUUGAUGAGGAACUUGUUUUAUUUUUCCAGUAUGCCGUGGGCCAAUAAAAAACAAGCUGCGUACAAAAUGGCCCCCGGGCCGCACUUUGGACACCCCUGCUUCACAUAAAUGCAUAAUAAACACAGACGAUGUUCAUUGAGUACGAGAAAUGAUGACGAAAGUAGCGUGCAGGGUUUUCCUAGGACAAUCGCUGAGCUGACAGGAAUGGAACGCACCCCCACGACCUCUGAUUGGAAAGUUUGUUUCUUCAUCUUUUCAGGACCUUUUCCACUCACAUCAUCUCUGCUUUAUUUACUUGUUUUUGGGAACGUCAUGGAAGUUUAACAUGGAAAUUGUGCUGUGUGGACAAAAGUAUUGGGACAGGAUGUGUCCCUGGGAGUUGAGGACUUUGGAAUGUGUCGGUGCACGCUUUUGUCCGUUUGCGAGGUCCGACGUCUUUGACGUAGCACCUGGCAUGGUGUUCUUCCACACCAAACUCAUCCAAGCGUGCCCAAAGUGUCCAUGAUAUUCCGUGACGGAUGAAGAGAUGUGCGUCCUGAUACUUUUGCCCAUAUAGGGAGUAAUGCCUGCAUCCGCAUCCUCACCCCCAACCUCAUCUCGUCACGCUUAAGUGUUGCAAAGAGUCCACAAUUCAGAUAUCCUGUGUAGAAACACUUUGGGGGUUUUUGGGAAGGGGGCGGUCCCCACUUGUCACUGAUGCUUCAGCAACAUCCCAUUUAUUCCCAAACACAAAGAGGGAGAAUGUCUAAUAUAUACUUUUAUACGGAAGAAGCAUCCCUGCGCUGACUCUUUCCCUUCCCCUCUGGCACCCUUUGACUUUUUCUGCAGGGAUGAGGAUCGCUUUCCUCUUUGUCACUCAACACACACACACACGUGAAAAAAAUGCCAAAAAGAAAAGUAAGCGAUGCAUGUUGAAAUUCCACGUUAUGCAACAGCUGCUCUGUGGAAAGGCCUCCCACCUCCUCUCCUCCUUCUCCUCCUCAGCAGGUACACGCUUUUUGUAACAGUGUCAAUGCGAUGUAAAUAAGGAGACAAAUGUGAAUAAUAAUAAUAAUUAAUCAUCAGACAAGUUAGUGCUCUAAGUUUGUGGUAAACAAUGGUUGCCUCUGUCGUUUAUUUCCUCAUGGGCUUGAGCGUGCUACGUGCUACAUGCUACGUGAUGAAGACUGUACACCUGGUGGACUCCGCCCUCUUCCUCCUGUCCUGCACAGUGCUCACCUGGGGGGCGUGUCUGGGGCAAGAGAUGGUUUCUAUAGCGACCGCUGAAUGUGCUUGUAGAUGGUAGAGCAGCGUGGCCUGGCUUGGUUCAUGUAAAGAGAAAAGGAGGCCCUAUUGUGAUGUAGCCCCUCUUGCCGAGGAUGUGGGAGUGUGGAACCUUGAUGUCACCCGGAAGCGCCCGCCUGACUCCUUUUUUGGGGGGGGGGGGGUUGUUACCUCUUUGAGCAGUUAGUGAAUGACCAAAGCUUCGAGACGGUUAAAGCUAGCUAUGCACAUCAAAGCCAUCAGCUCAUGAAGGGAUUUCCUACUACUGAACUGGAGGUGCCUCCAUUGAACUCCACAUAACAUCCUCAAUUACGUCUUUUUUUACAAAAUAAGGAUUCUUUCUUUAAACAUUUCAAGUUGAACAGUAUAGUAGAACCUUGGUUAACGUACGCUAAUUCGUCGGAGAAGCUCCAACAUGCCUCCAAAUUCAUAUACAUGAUGAAUGAAAGGGACAAAUAAACGGAUAAGAUUACUUUCACCUUCAUUGAAGACAUGACUGCAACAGGAAGAUGAUGGUGGUUGAUCUCACUGCCACAUGGUGUCUUUGGGAACGUCUUCAGUAAAAGUAAAAUUAACCUUAAACAUUCAUUUGACCCUUUCAUACAAAACAUAUUCAUUUAGAAUAGUUUUAUGCAUGUAAAACUAAUGUUUACACUAGAGUUAAUUGCUGAUGGCGUCAUAGACUAGCUGACUUCCGGUUGCCAUUUCCUUUAGCUAGCUAAUAGGAUGCUAACAAGGAAGGACGUGAAGAAAGUUGGGCUGGUGGUGUAAUAACACAACAGGAGGCGCCAUAUUGUACGCUAAGUUUUCGACAUUAAUGGAUAAAGUAAUUACUCCGCUUGCCACAGGCCAAGACUUUGGACUUUGAACACCCUUAACAAAAGUGUUUAUGAAUUAUGUCUGCAUUUAUUUUCGGUUUAGAAAGAUUUAGCUCCUAUGUUUAUUUCUUGGGCAUUGGAAAUGUAAAAUGUAAUACACAACGUCCUAAAGAGUUGUCUGUUCAUGAAAAGCAUGUAUCUCCAUAUACUAGCCACUUUCGUUUUCCUCAAAAAUGAGACCCAAAAAAAAAACGUUUGUGGGGGGGGGGGGAUUAAAAAGAGAAUGCUUGCUCUUCAUCAGCUAAUGACUACCAUCAUUGUCCAAACAAGGCUCUUCAAUUUUUACGCUUCUGAAAUCCAAAACGACUUUUUGGAUUUAAUUUGUUCACUCGUGAAAUCCAAAAACAAACUGCUUUUGCUUAUUUCUGGAGAAUAAUAUCAAUUUUAUUUCUUUUUGAAAUCUAACAAAAAAGUUUUUUUGGGUGGCUAGAAAGAGAUAUUUGUUGAUCCUUGAUACUACCGUCCAACAAAAAGCAUGCAUCUGCAAUUUCUUUUUGUGUUUUAAGACGUAGAAACAAAACAUUCCCCAUGUUUUUUAAGGAAUAGAAUGACUUGUUUUUUCUCUAAAAGAUAAACUUAUUUUUCAGGGGGGUAAAAACAAAUGCAGAUACUUUUCAUCAGAUAACGACUGCCGUCUAUCUCACCAAAAACACGUAUCUCCAUUUUUAUAGAAAAUUUUAAAGAAAAUGACUUCUUAUUUUUGGGAGUAGAAUGAAUAUAAUGCUAUUUUUAAAUAUAACAAAAAUAUUUUUUUGGGGGGGGGGGGCUAAAAAGAAGAAAUCAGAAAUACUUGCUUUUCAUCAGAUAAUGACUACCGUUGGCGUCCAACCAAAAACAUGUAAUUCUUUUUUUCUCACUUUUUAAGUCCAAAAAAUAUUUUGGGGAUGAAAUAAAUAUAAUAAUACAUAUAAUAAUUCCUUUGAAAUACAACAAAAAGUGUUUCUUUUUUUUUGGGGGGGGGGGGGGGUAAAAAGUGACAUUUGUAAUGUUGUUUCCUUUUUAUUUGUUGCAAAAGACAAAUGGAGAUGCUUGCUUUUUAUGGUCCAGUGACAAAUGCUGCUCUUAUUCUUCAGGUGUCAGCCCCGCCCCCUUCCUUGAUGUCAGGUAAACCGUGAACAGACCUCAAACUCUCCCAACAUUCCGGAUCACAGCACAGUUCCAUCAACGCCCGCGACUGUCUCGUCUCCGCUCUGUCGCUGCUCACUUUAGUCGGCCUUUUGGAAUUUCCCGCUCAUUCCCAUGCCGCCUGCUCGGGUCGGGUUCGGGUCAGAUUCGGGUGGCGCUUCCUGGGCAUUUCAAGGAGCAAGGUUCCACGUAAAGAAAAGAAUAGAAAUGCAUCGAUACAGAUGUAAAUAUGAUACAUUGGAAGAGACAAGAUGCUGAAUAUGCAUGUUGGACUUUUAUCUUUCUGUCGCUUUUUACGAGCCCCCACCCUACCCCCCAUGUUCAGGUGUGUCAAUUUUAAGAAGGAAAAAAAACAGACCUUUUGUUAAUUAGGAAUGUUCUCGACAAUCAAUGUGGGCUGAUUGAGAGCCCCUCCAAGUCAUCGUUUGUAAAAAAAAAAAAAAAAAACUAAGCAAAAAAAUCUGGAACUUUUGGGGGGAAGAAAAGAACAUCGUUUAGUUUUGUCUGUGGCUGCUCAAGUUUACACACACACACACACACACUUGUCUACCACACUCAACACAAGCACCCCCAUUUGAUCCCUGGCUCUUUUUGAAAGAAACUCUUGAGGUUUUUUUUGUCUCGUCCGCCCACAUGGAGGACAUGAUGAUGCUUUUUGACUAACAACUCCAGUAUAACAUCUGAAUAUGAAUGUGGGAAUGCAACACAUUGCAAUAAAAGCACCAUUUGAAAUGCA